CACAUUUCAGAUGAUAAAGUUUCUGCUCACGGCAUGGAUCAUGUCAAUUAUAUUUGGUCCAAACAUAUUAUGUUCUUUACAAGACAGGGAUCCAAAAUGUAGAUAUACUGUCCAUCAACCAGGAGCGUCAUGGCACACCGCAUAUAAUGUUUGUGCUUCAAGUAACGGGACACUACCACAAAUUACAUCACUGAGUGAGAUGUACUUUUUAGACCUGGUUCUGGAAGAGGUUGAUAAUUUGCUUGAAACACAUUCCGGCUUGAGAAUCUCAGCAGGAUUGUGGAUUGGAGCUUUUUUGAGGUCUUCUAACAAUGAAAGUAUGUUAGAAAAUUGUGAUCACCUUGAUUCCCAAGUUCCGGUUAAUAUAACCGCAGUAAGUCCGGGUGAUAUGUUUUGUCUUUACUACAAUCGAUUCGAGAAGACCCUUUUUACCGAAAACUGUUCCACAGCAAAAAUAUUUAUCUGCGAAACAAAUGAUGAAGAUCUUGGAGAAUGUAUGAUUAAGUCAUCAUUAUCAACCUUGCGAAAUCAAACUCAAAAACAAUUUUGCGAAGAUGAUAAGUAUGAUGAAAAGCCUAUAAGUUUAACACUUUGUGAAGCGAAUUGUUUAAAGAAAGCAAACUGUUAUACAUUUACGUACGAAAAUGAAGUAUGUAUACUGUACAAAUAUAUGGACAAUCCAUCUUGUGCCAGGAGAGAUCCUCUGCAAAUACGGAAAUACAAAGUAAUUGCUCUAAGCUACAGACUGCAGUGA